AUGAUGGGCUAUAAUGGGCAUUCGUUUCAUCAACAACGCCCGCCCCAGCAAAAUGCUCAUCCGCAGCACCAACAGCAGCACCAUCUGCAGUCCCCGUCCAUGACUGCCGCGGCUGCUGCUCAUCCCCAUCAUGCUCCCGGCAUGGCCAGUAAUGGCGCCCUGUUUCGGGGUCAAUCGCAGGUGGAAUUGGCGGCGCAGUCCCCAGAUCUCCGCAAAAUGACCCCAUCCUCCACGGGCCCUGUAGUCGGCCUCCCCACGGGCGGCCAUUAUAGUCCGUUCUCCGGACAUUACCCGCCACAGGGCUCGUCCGAUCUGCUGUCUCGCAAUGCCGACUCCGUUGGCCAGCUGAAAGAUCCCUAUCUAUCCUUGCAAAGCCUGCAACGGAAUAUGAACCCCAUGGCCAAUUUCCGUACUCAUCCCACGAUGAAUGCGCAGGCUGCCAUGUCCCCGCAUGCGCAUGCGAUGGGUCUUGCUUCUCCCCAGCAGUCUUUCGACCGACUGCAACAGCAACAUCUUCAGCAUCGACAGACGCCGCACACGCAUCCCACGACGCAAACCUCUGCUGCGGCGUCGCCGAUGCUGACCACCGCCCAGCCUCAGCAUGCCUUCCCUCAGUCCGCGUAUCAACAGACACAACAAGCGUCGCCGUACCAGCAUACGCAGCAGCAAUCCCCUUACCAGCAAGCUCAAGCAUCGCCGUAUCAAGCGCAGCAGGCCCAGUAUCCGCAGGCCCAAUAUCCGCAGGCCCAGCAUCAGGCUUCUCCCUAUCAGGCCCAGGCUCAGCAGUCUCCUUACCAGCAACAUGCCCAUCAGACGUAUCAGCAGCAGCAGGCCCAGCAAGCUCAGCAGCAGGCCCAGCAACAAGCUCAGCAGAAAGCACAGCAGGCUCAACAACAAGCCCAGCAACAGGCCCAGCAGAAAGCUCAGCAAGCCCAGCAGCAGGCUCAGCAACAGGCGCAACAGCAGGCGCAACAGCAGGCUCAGCAGCAAGCAGCACAGCAGACCCAACAACCCGCUCAUACUCAGGCCCAGCAGCAGCAAGCCCAGCAAACAUACCAGCAACAACAGUCAAGGUUCCAGCAGCAGCAGGCUCAACGGUCGCCAUACCAGCCUCAACCACAGCAGCUUCAGUUCCAUCAUGCAUAUCAGCGCCAAUAUCAACAGCCACAAGCGCAAACACAGGUACAAGCUCAACAGCCGCAGCCGCAGUCGCAGCAACAACAGCACCCCAUUCUGCAGCAACAUCCCCAGCAACAGCACCAUCAUGCCUUGCACCAGUCCCAAGCACAGCAGCAUCCUUCUCUGUUGCAACAACAUCAAGUACAGCAGCAGCAACCAUCGCCUGCACAGGCAAAGGCACAACUUCAGCAGCAGUAUCAACCACAUACUUCUGCGUCCGCUAGCAUGUCUGGACCUGAGCUCCUUGCUCCAGCACAGGAGAAGCCUGAGAGUACUGGAACCAAGCAACGCAAGAAGCAGUCUAAGCCUUCUGCGUCCCCGGCUAUGCCCGCUACACAGGCUACACAGGUCAAUGGGCAAGCUCAAGCUGGAUAUCCGGCUCCUACUCCGGUCUCUGCUGCGGGCCCUACUCCCGCUCCCGCUCCAGUAUCUGGUGUUGGUUCAGGCCCCACUUUCACUCCUGCUGGUAUAUCUAGUGCAGUCCAGGGACCUGCUACCGCAGGGGCUGCUCCUACAGCUGGCGCUGCGCCAACAAAUACUGCCACGCCAACGCCGAAAAAGAGAGGUCGUCCAAGGAAGCCCGUUGUGCCAGGCGAAGAAAAGAAACCCAGGCCGAAAAAGCCAAAGAAGGCCCAGACGGUGACAACAACAGCACCCGAUGGCACAACGAUGGUGGUUCCAGCCCCCACAACUAAUGCUGAUGGUACACCUGCAGUUGCAGCUCCCGCUCCUGCGCCCGCACCACCACCGCAACCGAUUAUCGGUCCGGACGGGAAUCCUAUUCCCCAAAAGCGUCGUCGCGGGCGGCCUCGCAAGUCAGAACAAGGCAAUGUGCCUCCCAAGCCUAGACCGCCAAAGAAGCCUUCGUCCAAGCCGGGCACUGGUCGGCCCCGUGGACGGCCACGGAAGGCUGAUGUUGAAGCGCGAAAGGCUGCUGAAGCGGCGGCCGCCGCCGCUGCUGCAGGUGGACAGCCUCAGGCUGAUCAAAAUCAAGCUGGAGCCCAGAGCCAGGCGCUACAGCAGCCACAGCACUCACAGGUCCAACCCCAGUCUUCGGUACAAUCACAGGCGCAAAAUCAGCCCCAGCCCAAGCCGCAACCGGCACAGCCUUCACAACCAUACCAGUCAUUCCAUCAAUUCCAAGUCACUCCGCAGCAGCCUCAACAGAUGCACGGCCAAAUGGCAGGCCAGUCUAAGACGCAGUCUCACACAAAUCAGAUGCAUACGUCCAGCCAGGCCCAGUUUCAGGCACUCCAACAUCAGUUCCAAGCGCAACCUCAACCUCACACCAAUACCCAGGCCAACCAGCAACAGCAGGCGCAACCGCAGUCACAGUCCCGCUCCGGGCAAGCUGCGCAGCAGGCACAGGCACAAGCACAGCAGCCUAGACAAAUGCAGGCUCAGAAUCAAGCUCACACACCGGUUCAGCCUCAACCACGUCAAAUACAAACUCAGGCUCAGCCACAGCCUCAGGCCCGGUCAGUGCAGGCUCAACCCCAGCCCCAGGCUCAAGCGCAACCUCGUCAAAUGCAUCCUCAACCACAGACACAAGCGCAACAGCAGCCACAGCCACAGCCCCGUCAAAUGCCAAUCCCGGCCCAACCACAUGCAGCAAUGCAUCACCAACUGCAGCCUCAUCAGCUGCACGCCCAAGCGCAGGGUCAUCCUCACCCUCAUCAUCCUCAGGCUCACCCCCAUCCUCACGCCCAAUUUCAGCUACAUCCCCAUCUCCAUCCCCACGCACAACCGCAACAUCCUGAGCCAAUGACUCUGAAUCCGCCGCAGAAGCGCGGUGCGCCUGUGGACGACGACCCGCGCAAGCGGGCCUUCAUGAUGCCCCAGCAGAUGUGA